UUCAAGAAUAUGGGCGUAGGCCGAAUGUUCCCAGCCUUUUGUUGCUACCCUGCAAGGAGGUUACGGAUCCUUCAGGCUUGCUGGCACAAACCUCCAGACUUGGCCCAGUGGAGGAAUUAUGCAUCCUGUCCCUACAAAGCUGUGAUCUUUGAUAUGGGCGGAGUUCUCCUUCCUUCGCCAUACAAACUGGCUGUGGAUUGGGAGAUUCGGAAUCGUGUCCCCCCCGGCACCAUCAAAGAGGCCUUAAGAUCGGGGGGCGAGGACAGGCCCUGGAUGAGAUACAUGAGAGGGGAGCUGAAGGAGGCAGGAUUUCUGCAUGAGUUCAGACAACAGUGCUCCAAAAUUGCAAAUUCUUCCGUUCCAGCGGAUUCUUUCUUUUUGGAAUUGACCAGCGUUCAAAUGUCAGAACAGCUCCCGGCCAUGACCGAGGCUGUAAAGUGCAUUCGAGCCAAAGGUCUCAAGACUGCCGUUCUGACUAACAACUUUUAUUUGGACAGUGGAGAGAGUUUUCUGCCCAUAGACAGAAAGCAAUUUGAUGUGAUUGUUGAGUCCUGUCGGGAAGGAGUGUGUAAACCCAACCCUCGGAUCUACCAGCUUUGCUUGGAGCGCCUGGGUGUCCAGGCCAAGGAAUCCAUCUUUUUGGAUGACAUUGGACAGAACCUGAAAGCUGCUAGCCAGCUUGGCAUUAAGACCCUGAAGGUCGAUGAUGUGGACUCUGCAGUUCAAGAAUUAGAGACCCACCUGACUUUUCCCUUGCGCUGUUCUGUUCCUUACACGUCUUCUGUGAGGCCAGCGAUGGAAAUCCCCACAGAACCUCUGCAAAAGUAUCUGGAAAGCAUCUUGGGGGCCCGAGCAAAAGGUCCUUGGGCGCUGCGCCAGUUCAGUCACGGGCAGUCCAACCCGACGUACUACAUCAGACUUGGGGAUCGCCAGUUGGUUCUGAGGAAGAAGCCUGCGGGGAAGCUGUUGCCCGCCGCUCAUGCAGUAGAGAGAGAACACAGGAUUUUGAAGGCCCUUGGGGACACUGGUGUCCCUGUUCCAGGAGUCCUGUCCUUAUGCGAAGAUUCAAGUGUCAUUGGCACCCCAUUCUACCUGAUGGAAUACUGCGUUGGCCGGAUCUUCAAGGACCCUGCUCUUCCAGAACUUGAGCCCCACCAGCGGAGGGAGGUUUACACUGCCAUGAAUAGCGUCCUCUGUAAAAUCCAUAGCAUAGACGUCAAGGCUGUUGGCCUGGAGGAUUAUGGAAAACGUGGAAAUUACGUCCAGCGGCAAAUCCAGACGUGGAGCAAGCAGUAUCGGGCCGCAGAGACCCACACGAUCCCAGCCAUGGAGCGGCUCCUCCUAUGGUUCCCGUCCCACCUCCCAGCCAGCGAGCAGCUCUCGAUCGUUCAUGGAGAUUUCAGGCUGGACAAUCUUAUCUUCCACCCCGAGAAGAUUGAAGUUGUUGCUGUCCUCGACUGGGAGCUUUCCACCUUGGGGAACCCUCUCUGUGAUGUGGCGUACAACUGUCUGGUGUAUUACUUGCCUUCUGAUAAUGACAUCUUAAAAGGUUUGAGCAACCGUGAUCUCAACCAGCUGGCCGUUCCCACACCAGAGGCCUACUUCCAGAUGUACUGCCGUCACCGGGGCAUCCCUCCCAUCGAGAACUGGAACUUCUAUAUGGCCUUUUCCUUUUUUAGAGUGGCUGCCAUCCUGCAGGGCAUCUACAAACGCUUCCUCACAGGCCAGGCCAGUUCAGCAACAGCCGAAAGCACUGGGAAGCUAGCGGAGUUCAUGGCGGACCUUGCCUGGGAUUUUGCCACGAAGGAAGGCUUCCGAAUCUUCAGGGAGCUUCCAAGUUCUAGACCACCCAUCAGGACAUUCAGUAUUUGGGCUGGCCCAAGAUUAUUCCCAAGGAGGAGGAGCUACUCCACGCUGAGUCCUGCAUGCAAGUCCCACCUGAUCAUCUCUCCCGAGGGCCUGCCAAGCCACGUCCAGGAGCUGUACCACAAGCUGAGGAGAUUUAUGGAUUCCCACAUUUACCCAUCUGAGCAGCUCCUGCGAGACCACCAGUCUUCCCCGAGUAGGUGGACUCCCCAUUCUCUCAUAGAAGAGCUCAAGGACAAGGCAAAAUCCGAGGGCCUCUGGAACCUUUUCCUGCCCUUGGAGAGUGAUCCAGAGGUGAAAUACGGAGCAGGCUUGACCAACUUGGAAUUUGCCCACUUAUGUGAGCUGAUGGGGACUUCAGUCUAUGCCUCUGAGGUGUUCAACUGCUCUGCCCCAGACACCGGCAACAUGGAAGUGUUGGUACGCUACGGCACAGACGCGCAGAAGGAACACUGGCUGACGCCUUUGCUGGACGGCAAGAUCCGCUCCUGCUUUGCCAUGACAGAACCCCAGGUUGCUUCCUCCGAUGCCACCAACAUUGAGGCUUCGAUCACCAAAGAAAAAGACACCUACAUUCUGAACGGGCACAAAUGGUGGAUUUCAGGCUCCCUGGACCCUCGUUGCCAGCUCUGCAUCUUUAUGGGCAAGACCGACCCCAAAGCCCAGAGACACAAGCAACAAUCAAUGCUGCUGGUCCCCAUGGACACCCCUGGCAUCACGGUCGCCAGGCCGCUCAGCUUGUUCGGCUUGGAAGAUGCCCCAGCUGGCCACGGGAAGAUGACAUUUGAAUACGUCCGCGUCCCCCAGGAGAACCUCUUGCUCGGGCCCGGGCGUGGGUUUGAAAUUGCCCAGGGGAGGCUGGGCCCAGGAAGGAUACACCACUGCAUGAGGCUGAUUGGCCUGGCGGAACGAGCCCUGGCGCUCAUGAAGGAGCGGGUGACAACCCGCGUGGCCUUUGGAAAGCCGCUAGCAGAACAGGGCACCAUCAGGGCGGAUCUCGCUGAGUCCCGCAUGGAGAUCGAGCAGGCCCGGCUCCUUGUCCUCAAGGCAGCCCAUCUCAUGGACACUGUUGGAAACAAGGAAGCAGCUCUUGAGAUCGCCUUGAUUAAGGCCGUGGCUCCAAGGAUGGCGCUCCGUGUCAUUGACCGGGCUAUCCAGGCCUUUGGUGCAGCAGGACUCGGCAGUGAUCUGCCCCUGGCCCAGGCCUUUGCCUGGGCACGAGCCUUGCGCUUGGCAGACGGCCCUGACGAAGUGCACAAGGCAGCCAUCGCCAAAAUGGAGCUGACACGCUAGCAGGGCCACGACUGGGAGCUACGCAGGGCCCCAGGCGCAUGGCUGGAGCGGAUGCGCAGGCCAUGUUUGUGAGGAGCAGACAGGCCAGGCCAGUUUUCUAGCAAGGCUCAUCAGCUUCCCGAGCGCUCUUGCAAAAAUCCACUAGAGGAGCAUCUAAGAAUUAUGUGACUGCUCACCUCACCUCUUCCUGACUUGGCUGGCUACUGCUUCGGAUUUUGAGCCCUUGUCCAUCUCAGGCACGUGGCUGAUCUUUGCUUCUGUUUGGGAAGGUGGUGAGUGGAGAGAAGAUGGGGACCUUCCCACGGACUCUUGCCAAGAGACAUCUCCUUAGUCCACUGAUGGGGGGACUGUGUCUUUGGGGGUGAUUUGGUAUUUUUGAUUAUGCCCUUUGCCGAAGGGCUAAACGCAAGUGUAGAAAUCAUGAAAAAAGCCUUGUGAGAGCUUCUGUGGAACGCAGCCUUAGAAGCAGCAGCAGCAGCAAUAAAAGCAC